GGCCGUGUGCAAAUACCGGCAGGGUUAGGUCUAGAAAAAUGCGGUCCAGGAUGAUUCCCUGGCAGCUCUUGAAGGUAGUGGCAGAAGCUAGUCUAGAAGUAGGGCAAAUUAUCGACGUUACACCGUCCAAUUCGCACGGUGAAGCCGGAUGAGGCCGGAACUCGAUGUGAUUCGCGGUGUAGGUAAAAUUUUGGCGACUGGGUAUUCGGCGUGUAUGCUCGCUGCAAUAACUGCGCCUGCAACCCAUUCUAUUUAUCUUGGCGGGUUCUGGGUCAAGCGGCGAAACCCAACCCAACUCGCGCUUUUGACGAGAUCGAGUUUUCGCCACCCAACCUUAAUAAUAAAAACCAUGAUAAGAAAAGGGAAUAUACUGAUCAGAUACAGCAGCCUUUUUUGGCGAUUUAGCAUCUUGCUAAGCCGUUGCCGGCUUCGAUUUCCCGAGGAAAAAUUUGCCGUCCUACAGUAGUGCUUGUGCCUGAGACACGAACCUACAUGGCUU